AUGGUCAAGGACUUGGACUAUCCAGAAAUGGAAAAGAUGGAUUUCUGCGAGGAAAUCGUUGAAUGUAUUAAGGAAGGAGCCAAGAUAUGGCAGAAGCACAGGUUGUUGCCUCAGGAAGAAAAGAACAAAAAGCAUCUCAAUGGUUUAGCACAGGGACCAGUAAUAAUGUACCUCGACUCCCUGCUGCUGCCGACCGACACAAUAGAAAUGCGCAAGCUUGCAAAGACAAUGGACAAGACAUCAUUACCGCGAGCAAACCACCUAAAAGAGAGUGGCCUAAAGAAAAUUGCUAGAGCAGACAUGAAAAGGGACGGAAAAGCACGACCAGAUGACUAUGAAUUUGGCAAGAUAAAGACAUGGAAAGGAACAGCAGAGAGGAUCUUUUAUGCCAGCACAGCAACACCUUCGUAUUCAAUACAGAUGAUACCAGCACAACAACAGGAGCACCAGCAGACGACGAAGCUACUGCCACCUCCAACCAAGCGCCCGGAUGAAGCACAUGUCAGCACGAGUGGAAGCAAGGAACCAGUCACAGGCACCAGCAUAGGAUCAUAUGAAAUAUUCGGAAGGAUAGAAGAAACGUUGAAACAAGUACUCGACGAAACAAAACAAAUACCGGGAAUAAAGACCAGGGCUGGACACCAAUGCAGCGAACAAGAGGAGGAAUUAGAUGGAAACAUGAAGAACUCAGUGGUGCAACAAACAACGGCCCUGAUUGAUUCUCUCGAACAACUUAGAAAAUUUCAGGACAUUGUUUGCAGAGUGAGCUUACCAGAAGAGACGACGCUGAAGUUGCAGGAUGGAGCAGACGCAGGAGCCACAGCUGCACUUGUACAUGGCAACCACACGAAAGAAGUCGCAGCCACAGUAGAACCAGGAGCGAGGAGAAAAAGGAAGAAGGAAGAACAAGACCAACAAAACAAACAUGAAAGGAAGAAAAGAAUAACAAAAUCAAGAACACAGACCUCGAGAAUUAGCCAGAGGGAGACAAAAGAACAUAACAAGGUGCGAAAAGAGCAAAGCAAGGAGCACGUAUCAACCAAUACAGCAAGUGCCGAAGGACAGCAAGAACAAGGUAGAAAAGUAGCUGCAGAAGCAGAGAAUCAAGAUGAGAAACAGGGACACGGCAAGAGAACGCCACCGAAACAUAAAGGCCAACAGCAGCAUGUCGUCAAGAACACCGAGCAAGAGGAUGGAAGUAAUAGAACAAGCAACCCAACAACAGAUGAUGCUCCCUCAAGAGCGUCAAGGGGAGCAGUAUUACAAGCACAACAAAGAGAAGAGGAUGCCCAUGCAAAACAGAAAGUUGAUAUAGAAGAGCUCUUCAGCACAAGAGCAUUUCAGAUGACCGAUACAGGGGAGAAAGCCUCAGACACUGCACCUGGUGACACACCCAAGGCUGGUAUACAAAGCAAAGAAAAAGUGGACGCACAAACGGAUAUCCCAACCACCGGCGCAAAGGAAACAAAAGAGGACGGUUAUGCCGAAGAACAGCAAGGAGUACAAACAGAACAAACCAAAAAACAAGGGCAAAUGGCGACUAAAAUGGUACCCAGUACGCCGACCAAAGAGCAGUCUUCACGUGACAAACACAACCGAGAAGACAUGCCACCAGCAUCGAAGACCAACGAGAUGCAAGAAACAGAAGAGAGCACCAAUAUUCAAGACGAACAAACACAACAACACAAGGGAAUGGAACAAGCAGAAGAUGUUCUUCCAACAACGGACAGCAAACCUCAACAAGACACGCACGCAGACACAAGCAAAGAAGCAAAGGGCCACGGUGCAUUGGAAGACCAUGCAGCAAACAUUCCAGAGAGAAAGUCAGACAAGAACAAGAAAAAGGCCGCACCAUCAGACAAGAAACAUUGUGCUGUAAAAGAUGUUGCCGCCACAAACACGACGGUAAGCCAGGACGGCACUCAAACAGAACGUGAACCAUUGAUCAUACAAAACCUGGCCAGCGAAGAAGGCACAAAAGAUGAAGGGAUCGAACGCCUGUACAACAACGUCAUGACAGCGAAUAAGGACAAAGGGUAA